AUGUCGGAGGUCGAGGCCACGCUGCAGCGCAUCAACGGGCACACGGGGGUUUUGGGCACGAUCAUCGUCAACGAUGAGGGCGAGCCCGUGCGCGCCACCACGGUGUGCAACAAGGACGGCACGCCGGUGGAGGAUCAGGUUGGCACGGUGAAGCAGUACGCGGAGCUCAUCCCGCAGCUCGCGCAGAUGGCGCGGAACAUGGUCAGGGACCUCGACCCGGGCAACGACCUCAACUUCCUUCGGAUCAGGAGCCUUCACCACGAGAUCAUGGUGCACUCGGACCCGGAGUUUACGCUCAUCGUCAUACAGAACCCCGAGGCGACGGAGUAG